AUGACACUCCCACCGGUCAAUGUUGAGUACAAGACAAUUGAUGGCGUCAUUAUUCGAGGAGUGCUGUAUCCGACGGAGAUGAAAGCACCUGCCAUUAUCAUGACACCAGGAGUCAAUCUUGUCAAAGAACUGCUCGUGCCAGAGAUAGCCCAGAGAUUCCAAAGUAGAGGUUACAAUGCCUUGAUCUAUGAUGCGCGGGGCAUCGGAGAGAGCGAUGGGCUUCCUAGAAACCAAAUCGAUCCACUACAACAAUCUGAGGAUUUGUCCGGUCGACAUUUUAACGCAUAUCUCGUCAUUACCAAAUGUAGAUUCGAGUCGACUCAUGCUUUGGGCUUUUUCCAGCCAGGAAAACGAGAAAAGGCUAUGGCACUAGCUAUUAGGGAUCGACAAUCACAGUUGCGAGGUAAUGAAGCAUCUACAGUGGCUCUCUUCAAUAGCAAAGGGGAAAACCCGCUGGGGUUCGGCGGAUCUGGAGGGCCAGGUGGAGUAGAAGCCUAUAACUUCAUAUCCGCAGCAAUUGAUCGAGGACAACCAAACUUCCACAAUCGAAUCACGCUACAAAGCUUCCAAAAGCUGAUUAUGUUCCGUCCCAAGGUUCUGCUUGAUAUGAUUCAAGCAGCCAGUCUGAUGAUCGUUCCCGAGCUAGACAAUGUGUCUUCUCCCGAUGAACAAGUAGAAGCAUUUGGACUGUUACCAAGCCCGAAAAAGCUGUAUAUGGCGAAAGGCAAGGAGCAUGCAAACGUCGUCAGUGGAGAAGGGUCUGAGGAAACUUUAGAUGUCAUGAUGGAAUUUAUGAAUACAGCUAAUGAGACUGAGGCAUGA